AAAAACUGGGAAAAGCUGCGCAGCCUUUCACAAGACCCCACCCCUCCCUGAUCGUUCAUUUUCUUUCAGCAAAACAACAGCCCUUGAAACUUGAUUUUCUUCAACCAAGACACAAGAAAAGCCAAGAUCCGCCAGUAACCACCCCGAACGACUCCAUAUACUCACUCCAUCAUCCUCGUUGCCAGCUGCCCAUCAACGCCUAGCUCCCCAACCCAUCUCGGCAGCUUUGACCCGCCGGACAGACCCAAAAUCCAGCGCCCAGCCUUCAACCAGUCGUUGUCCGUCGCCAGCAACAGAAACACCACGCCAAACGACCACCCUCCAUAGCCACCCAUGAAACAGAACAACUAGUAAGUUUUAUCAACUCAAGCUCGUUUAGCAUCUCUUUUCGGUGAGCUUCGAGUUCGUCGGAGGUCGUUACCCGAGUUUUCGAUUCAGUCAUACGUCUAGGUACUAUCGUUGGUUUCUGGUUUGAGCUCCGUCCAUAGUUUAUCGGAUUGAGGUCUAUUGCUGAACAUUGUUAUUGAUUAAUUUAUAGUGAUCCUUCAUUGUGUAUUUUGAUAUAGAAUGACGUUUUUGCUCGAUUUCUAGUUUACACAAUGGCGUGUGUGUGCUGUUUUAGUUUGGUUCUAUUUUGUCGCAAUGUUAGUGACUACUUAUAAUGUUGUAGAAACGGGCAUUUAGGCUCAAUGAUUAUUGCCUAUCUUGAAAUGUAUAUUGCUAUACCAUUAUACCUAGAAUUUGAAAGUGAAGAUGGCUUGGUAAGUUUGGCUUUGAUACGGUCGUUUUCACGGAUGAGGUCUCAUUUGUGUUUGGGAGUGUCAAAGCAAGAAGGGACAUCAGAUGAUACUAUACAAGCUGUUGCUGAAGCUUUAAAAAUUUCUUCGUUUCUUAAGAUUUCGGAAAUCACAGAGUUUUCGAGGCCUGAGGAAGUUAUAGAGCAAAUAGAUGUCAGGACAAUUGUUGUAUCCCUAUUGGAAUAUAGUGUCAAGCUUGAAGAUGUGGAGUCCUUCUUUGGUCAGCAUGGCAUGGUUAAUAGUGUGAGACUGCCUCGUCAUGUAGCUGACAAAAGGAUGUUUUGUGGCACUGCUCUGGUUGAGUUCGCCAGUGAGGAAGUAUGCUUUAUUCUGUUUUUUUUACAAGUAAUUCAUAUCGUUAGUAUUCUUCUGGAUACGCUCUUAAUAUACCAUCGUGGCUAUGGGUACGGUUCCCUUGACAUAGUUAUGAUACCUAAUUUCCAAACUCGG